UAAAAGUAUUGCAGCCUACAGAUGUGCGUACACAUGCAUUGUAUUUCAGCGCGUUAGCACUGCUUAGCGAUUUUAAGAUCCAUUUGCCGCUGCUGACGCGAAAGUCAGCGAAAAAGGAAAGUUUCGAUCAUCUCGAUGUGUGCUUCACGCGCAGCAACCGGGGCAACAAUCUGCUAACGAUCAAUGGCAAACCGUUCACAUUGAAUCGACGCAUCAAGGAUGCCUGCUACUGGGAGUGCGUCAAGCUGCGCUGCAAGUAUAUUAAGUAUGGAGACGUUUGGCUGCAGCGCAGCUAUAGUAUGGUGGCCAAUCGUCGUGGCGGUCAGAAUCUCCUGUACAGUGGUCACAUGUACACCGCUGAGCGUAAAAAUCUCACCACUAUCAACUGGGUGUGCACCAAGAACAGCAAUCGGCAGCUGCGUUGUCCGGCACGCUGUGUGACCACCGGCAAUCGGAGCAUCAAACUGAGCCGACGCGCCCACAAUCAUGCCAGCAAUCUUUUCAGCAUGCACAAGCUGAACGCCCGGCGUCAGCGUCGACGCAGAUGCAGCCCCGGCAAGUCGCCGGCAUCGUCGUGCUUAUAGAGGCCGCACCGGCUGUCUGCUUAUCGAUGGCUUUCGCUUUGUGAUUAGCUACCAGC